GCGCGCCCCCGCGGGCGGUGACGUCACGUCCUGUUGUGCUGCGCGCCGCGGGCAGGCGGCGGUGGGUGAGGUUUAUUCUAUAUGGCACGGUUGGUUGCCCACUGAGAGCACAUCAAUGGACUUGGAAGCUAAAGAUGAAGAGGAGGAGAGUCUACAAACAGCAUUCAAAAAGCUGAGAGUGGAUGCAGCAGGAUGUAUCGCAGCUCUGUCCGUGGGCGACGGGACCAUUCUCAGAACUGUGACAAGAGCAGCCAUGGAUGGAGCCAAGCAGCAGCCUGUCAGCUCCAAGGAAGCAUGGCAUGGGUGUGUGAGAAAGCCCUCCCGAGGAUCGGCCAGGCUCCCGCGGCGCCGGCGCUCCAAGUCUCCGGUCCUGCACCCUCCCAAGUUCACCUAUUGCAACAUGAAAGCCAACAGCCAGCUGAAACACAAAGCCCAGGCAGACACCUCGAAGGGUGUCAUCAGCUCCGAUGUUUUUGCCCCAGCAGAACAUGGUACGAAGGACGGGCAGGAUUCUCACCUCGAGGCCAGUAACGACAGAACUGAACCGUUGGAAGCUUUCACCGCCGAAGAGCCUUUGCAGCUGCUGGGGGAGAAUUGCCCUGCUCUCUCCUCAUCCUUUGAGAACAGCUUGCAAACCUCAGAUUUCCAGUCCUUAUCCAUGCUCAGCAAGGGCAGGCAGUGCCCCUGCAGGGACAGGAAGUGCCAGUGCCAGCAGUGGCGCGCCAUGGAGGUGUACUCCUUCUCGGGGCUGCGCAGCGUCCUGUCCGAGUGCGAGAAGGCUGUCCUGGGAGUCCAUGCCCACUCCCUCCAGAACAGAUCUCCCUCUGCGACAGCCUCAGCAAGCUCUCCCAGGUCUUGUUCUGAGCAAGCUCGAGCCUUUGUGGAUGAUGUGACUAUUGAAGAUCUUUCGGGAUACAUGGAGUACUACUUAUAUAUUCCCAAGAAAAUGUCUCACAUGGCAGAGAUGAUGUAUACUUGACUGUAAGCAAUAGAAAAUCCUGAAGCAGAGUUGGAUACAAUGGUUGGGCUAAUUGCCUUGUCAGUGCCAUGUUUUCACUGUUGUGUGUUUGAUUAAAUGUUUCUUUGCCUCAUACAGUUUAGUUUUCUAAUAAAAUGAAAAAUUAAAUAUAGUUUCUGAGCUUAGUUCUAAAAAGAAUGCACUAAAGUCUCUGAAUACCUUAACAAAAGCACUCUAGAUCAAAUGAGCUCUGUUUGGUUUUUGGUUUGUGCUGUGGAUAUUGAAGCUCUGUAUGCUGUUUUCACUAUGUUUUGGAAAAAAACCAAACAAAACCAAAAAAACUUCUAUUUUUUUUCUGAUAUUUUGAUGUGUUUGGAAUGUUCAUUCUUAAUGUAUCUCCAUGCUUAGAGAAAAGUUUCACAGCUACAGCUCCAUCUUUUUUAUCCUGCUCUAGAGAGAAGGAUGAGAAGGCAUUCAGCAUUUUGGAUAGGAUGAAUCUCCUUUCCUUGAACACUGGCUGGCUCCGUUUUUAGUUGGAUCAAGUUGUGAAUGCUUCUUCCUUACAAUUUUUUUGGGAGGUCCAGAGCGUGUGUACUUGGACCCUUAAUCGAACUCGCUCACUCUUAAGCAGUUCUAUUUUUCUGCAGAUAAGUGAAGCUCUUAGAAGUAAAAAUAUAUUUUGUUAUUUGUGCUUUACAGAUGGAAUAAUUUAGGGGGGAGUGGAGCAUGCUACCAGUUUUUUGAGCUGUGCAGUCUCAGAAGUGGAGAGGGUGGAACCAUCUAUACAGGAUGUUUCUGAGCACAUCUGAUACACAGUGGUGUGGAAAGGGGGUGAGCAAGAUGUGUGUAUCAUCCUGGCUUUGUGCUGUAGAGCUAUGACAUUCCUGCUGGUUGAAAAUAACUGCAAUAAAAAAUUCUGUUGCCGAGACUUGCAUUAAUAAAUGUUUGUCAAACCCAGCAA